CUGCAGUUACUGCACACCCUCUAUAAAGAACAAUUUCCCCAUCUUUGCUAUUCAUACGACUCGCAUCAAAACCACCGGGCUGUUUACCGGCAGCGUCGGACGUGGUUUUCCGGUUGUCAUGGACUCGCACGUACCAACCCAUCAAACUGGUUCAUGGACCAACGAGAAGCACGUGCGCUUCUUGAACACCAUGGAGGCCACGUUUGUGCGUUCAAUGUUUGAGAGCAACGAUCGGAAUGUUCUCCGUCUGGACCGUCACUUGCCGGACAGCUCGGAGUCGACCUUAGAUUCAAAGGCACAGAGGAGAGAAAAGCACGCCACCUCCGUAGGCGGAGGAUCCAGAAAGGACAGCACUAGAACUGACAAGAGACCAAGGGCUAGAGUGUCAUCCCGCCCCUGUAAUUCAUCAAAAGAUCAGGUGGUCCCACAGCUGGAAAGUAAAACAGACGGUGAUCAAGAUGGGACAUGAGAGAGACCCCUUUAACGUACCGGUGGCACCUGUCAUCUGUGAAAGAUUCUUUCUGUAAUAAAUUUUUUCGUUUAUUUUCUUUUCUGCUGUGUUUUUUUCACCCUUAUACUCUCUUCUUCCUUGUUUUAUUUGCUAGUUUCUGUUAUACUAUGGCUGGAAGAUUUGUGCAUGGGAGAUCACCAUUUGAGUGCACUUAAAAGGAUUGAAUGUGCUAUGCUAGUGGCCAUUUUAGUGCACUCUUCAUAGGUGUCAAACCCAUUUUGUAUAUUCUUCUGGAUCGUCAAUUUGGUUCAGUGCCACGGUGUGUGAUAGGUUGAAAAUUAGCGUUUUCUUCUUUUUAGUAUUCCUAAUAGAGUUUGCUAUUAAUUUCCUUCC